AUGCUUGGUAUCAGCCAGCCUCCUGACCCUAAAGCCACAUAUAUCGCCGGUCAUUCAUCAUACAAUGUACCGGCAGAUGCCCAUAAUGAUGAUGUUCUAUACCAAGUGCCUGCUCUCAUAGUAGGUGGCGGCCCUGCAGGUCUCUUAACGGCUUACAUGUUGUCAAAACACGGCGUCAAGUCCCUUCUGGUUGAAAAAUAUCCGGAAAGGCUAGCUGCACCCAAAGCUCACGCGCUUUGUCCCAGGACCCUCGAGAUUUGCAGGCAGUACGGUCUUGAUACCAACGCCAUCCGCCGUCUUGGAUCUCCGCGGGAGGACGCCUGCUGGGUUCAUUUCCUGACAAACCUCAGCGGCGAGAGGAUUGGAUCUCUCCCGUACGAGCGUAUGGAUGCGGAUGUGUUGGAGAGUACGCCCGAGAUGCUACACAACAUCCCCCAACCCGAAUUUGAAAAGUUCAUUUCCGACCAGCUACGUGGCGACCCUAACGUUGAUAUCCGCAAGGGCGUUGGUUUUGUAUCUUGCGAACAAAGAGAUGACGGAGUAGUCACUGUACUUGAAGAGUACGCCACCAAGAAGAGCUGCGCCAUCAAAUCAAGACACGUCAUCGGGUGCGAUGGGGCAAAGAGCCAAGUCCGCCGUUCGCUCGGCAUCGAAACCGAGGGGGAAGACGGAUACGAGACCAUGAUGACGAUACAUUUCAGCGCGGAUCUGCGGUCAGUUGUCAAAGACCGUGUUGGCAUGUUACACUGGUUAGUCGAUCCCGCCUGUUCUGGGUUCAUCGUAGCGUACGAUCUCGGCGGAAACCAAGUCCUAAUCAGCAAUGUUGACCCAAAGAGGCAACCGAUAGAAACGUGGAACGAAGAGGUUGCCCACGCCACUGUGUCUGCCGCGAUUGGGAAAGAUAUACCGCUCAAGAUCCUCAGCUACCGGCCUUGGGUGUUGAGUCGGAAGGUGGCAAAAUCCUAUCAACGGGGGAACAUAUUUCUAGUCGGCGACGCAGCGCAUUCAUUCCCUCCCACGGGCGGCCUCGGGCUCAACUCCGGCGUGGCAGACGCGCACAACCUCGCGUAUAAGAUCGCCGCCGUGCAUCAGCGGCGGGCGGGCCCCGGACUCCUCGAAACGUACGAGGCCGAGAGAAGACAGGUUACCGUUGACGCUGCGGCACAGAGCGUCAAGAACGGGAGGUCGAUCUUUUCGUUCCUCAAGGCUGUUGGCGCAGCCGAGAGCGAGGACCUGAUCGAGGCGCGGAAGCGCAUGUACGAAACGAUACAUGACCCAGCGAAGCAAACCUUGAUUUCGGAAAAUGUCGAGGGACAGCGGGAGCACUUUGACAAUCUCGAGAUUCACAUCGGUUAUGUGUACGGCGAAAAGAAGCCACCAGCGAACGCUUCGCAUUUCACACCAAAGUUCAAGGCCGGAGCCCGGCUGCCGCAUGCUUGGAUCGAGCUCCGUGGCCGGUUCGAAGGGCUUCCGCAACAGCCGAUAGAUACAUCAUACGUCACGGAACUAUCCCACGAGCAGGUCGCCGCUAAGCGGUUUUCUACGCUGGACCUGGUGGCACCGGGGACCUUCAAUCUCAUCACCGGAUGCCGUUCGGCCUGGGGUGUAAGGUUUACCGAGGCGGCAACGGCAUUGGGCGGCGCCGUGGGUUCUCGGCUGUGGGGUGCCGACGAGGACUUUGCUUUCUGCAACGAGAGCCACCGCAGGCUAUAUGACCGAGAGGGGGGGCUCUCUCAAGGAAAUGCCAUUCUUGUACGACCUGAUCAGCAUAUCCUUGCAUGCUUGGGACCUGGGACGUCUGCACUGGAGUUAAUAGAUUGUGUCAAGAGGCAUCUGGACACAGUAUAG